GCGCUGAUGUUCAUAUGUCAUUCGAUCCAAUCAUAAUAGAAGCAGAGCGCGAAGCGUGUGUUUGUAAAGGAUGGCAGGACCGGCUUCAGUCGCUGGUGAUGUUUUUGUUGAUGCUCUGCCGUAUUUCGACCAGGGUUAUGAUGCUCCAGGGGUCAGAGAAGCCGCAGCUGCUUUGGUGGAAGAAGAGACGAGACGAUACAGACCAACCAAGAACUAUUUGAGUUACUUGCCCACACCAGAUUUCUCUACCUUUGAGACCGAGAUCAUGAGGAAUGAGUUUGAAAGACUGGCUGCUCGUCAACCCAUGGAGCUGCUCAGUAUGAAGAGAUAUGAGCUUCCUGCUCCAUCGUCUGGGCAGAAGAAUGAUAUCACAGCAUGGCAGGAAAGUGUUAACAACUCCAUGGCUCAGCUGGAGCACCAGGCAGUGCGCAUUGAGAACCUUGAGCUCAUGGCCCAGUAUGGAACUAAUGCAUGGAAGGUGUCCAAUGAUAACUUGGCCUUAAUGAUUGAAAAUGCACAAAAGGAACUGCAGAAGGUUAGAAAGCAGAUACAGGAUCUGAACUGGCAGCGCAAAAACGACCAGCUGGCUGGAGGAGCAAAACUGCGAGAACUUGAGUCAAAUUGGGUGUCCCUCGUUAGUAAGAACUAUGAGAUUGAGCGAGCCAUCGUCCAGCUGGAGAAUGAAGUGGCACAGAUGAAACAGCAACAGGGCGAUGAGAACAAAGAGAAUAUUCGACAGGACUUUUAAAUAUUGAAAACCGUUCAACAGCGUCUUGAAACUGUGCAGACUUUGCAAAAGCAAAUGAUCACCAAAGUGUGACAUUGUUUUUUUUAAUGAUCGCUUUGUUCCGUUUUCCUGACGAACAGGGAAAUGAUUCUUUAUAAAACACAAAUGAGCAAUAGUGUUGUAGUGCAAACAGAGGCUCUGCUGGCUCGUGAUUUUGCACCAAAAAUAAACAAGAGGUCCAUUUUGACUCUGGGAAUCAUUAACUCACUUUUGUGUUCACUAUAUACAUAAAAAUAGUUUGGCUGUAAUGUCAUUUCUAAUCUUUUUUUUUUUUUUGUCUUCUGUAUGAUUACCUGAUGGACAUUUAGUUCAUCUUAAUGGUCAUGUUUUACUCUAUUUGUAAUAUUUUUUUUUUAAAUACACAAUAAAAUUACAAAAUCA